AUGCUCUUGAAUCUCAACCCUCAUAGCGUGAUUGCCGUGGGUGUGCUACUUCCUACACUGGCCUCGGUCGCGGUCGGCCUACGAUUCUUUACUCGACGUCGUUUACGAGUGGCUCUAAGAGAGGAUGACUGGACUCUUUUGAUCUCCGCGGUCUUGGUAUGGGGAUUGGGAAUCACGAACAUUGCUGGCGCUACGUUAGGAGCGUUGGGCGCUCAUUCAGUGCGGGCAGGUCCUGAUGCACCUCAUCAGAAUACAAUUCUCCGUGGACCAGAAGAUGAAUUAGCCGAACAGAUUGUCCUUGGAUACAGUAUUGUCGAAAAGAUCACGUUUGGAGUCAUCAAGAUCAGCGUACUCCUGGCUUACCGGAGGAUUUUCCGAGGGGGGCCCUUCAAUAUUGCCUCAUUAUGCAUGAUCGUGACUUGCACACUUCUCGCUCUUUCAUUCCUGAUCACAUCGGCCUUUCAAUGCCACGUGCGGAACUGGAGUCUGAAGUAUCUGGACUGGUCGCAUCGAAAACACUGCAUUCAAGCGGAGAUCUCCUGGUCUGGCUAUGCGAUCUCGGAUGUUGUUACCGAUUUUAUACUUUUGCUAUUUCCGGUACCACUGGUAUGGAAGCUGCAGCUUACUCUAUCAAAGAAAAUUAGUGUGAUGGUGGUCUUUCUUCUCGGAUCUCUUUCCACUGCUGUCGGAAUCACCAGGAUGGCUGUGAUUUUAUAUUUCACAUAUGGCACAUCUAAUGGAUAUCGAGAUUUGCUCGACACCAUCUCAACAGCAUUGAUAUGGAGCCUGGUGGAAGCUUCAGUGGCGAUCAUUGCAGCUUGUCUGCCUUCUAUCCGCCCGCUAGUCCAUCGGUCCUCGGCCAGCUGCGGAAGUCAAAAGCAACCAUUCGAUAGCAAACAAUUGUCCAAGCCAAGAGGUCCGCAGCUAUUGACGCAUCCCACCAUGCAUGAAUUCGACGAAAUUGAUGACUGUCAACGAGUUACCUAUCCACCAAAUGUGAAGCGAUGUCGUUAG